AAGCUACGAAAUUUGCGAAGCUAUUUGCGUAGUUUCAGUAAGCGUAGUUUCAGUUUUUUCGUUCGUUGUGAUUAGAAAAGUCCUAUUUAUUGAUCUGACGCUCUUUCAGAGUAAAUUAAUAUGGCUGUGGUCUCCGUCGUCGAAGAGCAAGAGGAUCGAAUUCCUCUGUUCAUAGCUCUCUCCUCGAUGCCCUCGUUGAGAAGAUACUGUGGAUGUGCCUGGCUCCAUUCUGUUCGCGGAUGCGAUUUUAGGAUCUCUUUCGCAGAUCGGAGCACAGAGCGGCAACUUAGCUAGGAAUUGUGUCCUAGCCAGUCGACGUAGGCCAGAGACUGUGCCAGGGGUCACGGUCGAGCAGCAAUGCGGGAGCAGUCAACAAGCAAUUCACUUUGCGGCCCAGGCAGUUCGCCCAGCAGCUCUCUCUUCAGGGAGUUUUUUACGGGUUUUUUAGUGGGGCAGUAUGUAGAGGCCACUCUGAGCGGAGGACUGUGCGUCCGCGUCGUAAGGUAAUAGACUAGAGAUGAUGAAUACAUGAUUUACAGAUUUUUCGUUCUAUCUAUCGACGUGAGUAACUGAAUUGUCCAUAGUUGCGAGUAUAACUAUUUGAGAUCCGCUUAUGAUGGCUAUUUCUCUCUCUAUAAUCCAGAAAAAAAGAGCACUUCGUGAUAGCUGGUGGUGUCGAAGUCAUGUCACAGAUACCUAUAGGUGCGAGCGUAAUGGACGGACGUAAAGCUGAAGAUCGUGGUGUCCCUAUUUUAAGAAAUAUAUGGAUCUUGAUGAUGAAAAUUGGCCUUGAUGAUGCAUUAGUAGUGCAAUUUAGUAUUUCAGUAUGUUGGUUCCAAGUUGUAUGACAGUCACGUGAUGGAAGACUUAGGAACCUUGUGGAAUAGAUUCAACUUGGCAUGAUAUUCACGUGUCCGUAUAUUGACACUCACGGGGUCACUCUUUUCUCCUUCUAAUCUUUUCCCACACCAUGUUGGAAAAGUACGGUCCGCGCAUGACUCAGGAAUACGAAGUGUUUGGGAUUAGACCAUCCUUGUUCUCCCAGUUCGCGGGUGCGGAAAUGCUUCCUCGCAAAUACAACCUGUCCAAGGACAUCCUAGACCGAUUUGCAGUGUUAUCGAACGAUCGCGCACUACGCAGUAUACGGGCAGGUCGCUUUGUGCGAGAGAUCGUGCCUGUCCACGUGAAGAAGAAGGAGCCUUCUAACAGCAAGAAGGGUGUUGAACAAGUUGGUUCUAGAAGUGCGUCGACAAAAGGACAAGUUGUGAAACAUGGAUCAGAACGAGGUGACUCAUCUGGGAAGCACAGAGAAAAUGAAAUGCAUACACAAGAAGAUCAGGGUGUACGUCAAGGAUUACAUGCCAAAGCGACUGCGGAUAUUAUAAGACUUUCCGCGUAUGCUUCUCCUUCAGUACCUCAGAUCUGUGACGGAGCAGGUGCAGUUCUCGUCACCAGCAGCGGAAUCGGAGUUAAAAUAGUUGUUGAGGAAAAAGAUCAACAUCAAGAAACAGGGAGCUUCUACAACGACCCAACUACCAGUACUGCUCCCACUUCUGGCGCAGCAAUUGAGAGUGCAAUUCCAAAUCUCCUACACCUGCGAGAAGUGCACCUCAAAGUUUUACGACUUCAGACGAAAAGAGUGGCCAGCAAAUCUACAUCUAGCUCGCGUUGUGUCGUUGGCUGUAGUAGGGCAUGAUCCACGGAUCUGUUUUUAGCUAAGGCUCCACUGGAAUGUAAUGAUGAUGGCUUCACAACUUUGGAUUGAACUAGUUGUAGAAAGAAACCAUAAACGCGCACGGUCAAACAUCAUCCCGAAAUUGAGUAGGUCUUAUACACAGUCAGCCGACUCCAAAGCACUUCUCGCUUCUUAGCCUCAUCUUUGCUCAAUGAUUGGAAACCUCCAAAUAUAGUUCUCAGAGGUUUAGAUUAUCUUUAUUUGGCAUCUCCGAUAUUGACCGGUACGAAGUAAACGAGGCUUUUGCUUCUGUCCCUCUGGCGUGGGCUGAAGCCCUAGGUGCCGACAUCACCAAGUUGAAUGUUUGGGGUGACGGGCAUCCUAUUUUAAGAGAAACUUUCUAUCAUGGUGUGUAGGACAAGGAUAAUGAGUCUUCUAUUCGGCUGCAGGAGUAGCCCUGAAAGCUGACAGCUUCAGGUAGUCAUUGCAAACGAACGUUCUCAACAUGAUAAUCUACAUCACCACCUUAUUUUUGACUCAACACCACUUUCUUACAAUUUUAGACGUAACUCAUCCUUCCUUCAUAAGUUUCGGUGCCACCGGAGCCAAGCUAAUGACGACGCUGUUAUAUGAGAACUAGAGCGAUGUCAGGGUCGCUACGGUUUACUCGCCAUCUGCGAAGGAGGUGGCACUGCAAAUUGCACGAUCAUGGAAAACAUGCUAGCACGGGAUCGUAGGAAUAGCGUGAGUCCGGAAGUAACUGAUGUCGAUCUGUAUACGAGUACAGGGGCCAGUAGUCCCUCUAUGGCGCGUGCUCGACAGGUUGGAUCAGCAAGGCAGAACUAUCGCUUUAGAGAGUAGCAACUACUACAAGCACUAGAUGGAACGACAACUAGUAAAUUGUGAGGAACACCAUCUUCAGAAACACAGCACUGAUUUUUAUUGGGAUUUGUGGAUGUUUUUCAUCUCUGUGGGUGUAUGAACUUUGGGAGGUGCAACCAGCGAGUUACGAGUGUGCGGGUGCUGUUUGUUUUGUAGUUGAUUUUUUGAUGCGGAGUUAAGUAUUUUAAUGUUCUUGAUUAUCGGUAUCAAUUUUUAUCAGUCUUUUCGGGUUCGGAAAGAUGUGCACUGCAAAAAAUGAUUUACGAAUAGAUUCCAAGACGACAAGAUAAGUACAUGAAUAUCCCCAACAGCAAAAUAGCCUCGCUUCUCAGUGGUCCACCAUAUUUCAACAGGAGUCACCACCUACAUGUUUGACGCAACGGCACUCAAUGAAAGACAAGGGUAUUUCUCUUCCAGCACUCUUUCUAAGCGGUCAAAAGAGAGAAAUUGCGUGGCCCAAUCGUAGGGUGUGAGUAUGCCUAAUUUGCUAAAAUUGAAUUCUCAAAUCCUCAGCCAGCACUCUUUUUUAGAGGUCGGAAUUGCAAAAUUGACCUGCCCAAUAUGAGGAUGAGGGUAUGCCCAAUUUGCGCGAAUUUAAUAGCCUAUUCGUCUUUCAGCACUCUUUUGGGCGCUCGAAGGAGCAAAAUUAAGAGACGACGAAGGAAUAUCUAAGACAG